UCUGUGUCAGGAAGUGUUUUCACCCGGAGUCGUUUCUCAGACGGACAACAACACGGGAUUAUCUUUAGCAGCGACUCAACAUCCUGUUGUGUUAAUCCCUCAGAGCCGGUCCUCCUCCAGUAGCUUCAGUAGCUCCAGUAGCUCCAGUAGCAUGAACAACAUGUUAACCAUCAUCUCUAACGCGCUCUGCAGGAUCACUGGACGCAAUGUGGGAGCCCAAACAGUGUCCGAGUUGCUGAUUGACCUGUCAGAGUACGUCAAUGUAACCUCGCCGGCGGCGCCCGCCUUGGCACAGACCCAGCGGCAACCACCUAAACCACCACCAGUCAGUUCUAGGGCGGCGGCUGCACAGUUAGUUAGCGCCCAGACCGACCAGCUAGACGGACCAGGUGCCAGAGUCGUGGUUUCCCGCUCCUUCGCCGACCACACCUCUCAGGCGACCUUUGACAUCAAGAAAUGCGACCUGCACCGUCUGGAGGAGGGUCCUCCGUUGAAGGCGGAGCUGACUCGGGAUCAGGGCCUGCAGUAUUACCGCGUCAUGCAGACCGUGAGGCGAAUGGAGCUCAAAGCUGAUCAGCUUUACAAACAGAAGAUCAUCAGAGGCUUCUGUCACCUGUAUGACGGACAGGAAGCCUGUGCGGUGGGCAUCGAGGGCGGCAUCAACCCCUCUGAUCACCUGAUCACCGCCUAUCGCGCCCACGGGUACACGUACACCCGCGGCAUCUCCGUCAAAGAGAUCCUGGCCGAGCUCACAGGUCGUAAAGGCGGUGUCGCCAAAGGAAAAGGAGGUUCGAUGCACAUGUACGCUCCACAUUUCUAUGGAGGCAACGGCAUCGUGGGAGCACAGGUUCCUCUGGGAGCUGGCAUCGCUCUGGCCUGCCAGUAUCAAGGCAACAAUCAGCUGUGCGUCGCUCUUUACGGAGACGGAGCAGCCAAUCAGGGACAGAUUUUUGAGUCGUUCAACAUGGCCGCCCUCUGGAAGCUGCCGUGCAUCUUCAUCUGCGAGAACAACAAGUACGGUAUGGGGACGUCGGUGGAACGAGCUUCAGCCAGCACCGACUACUACAAGAGAGGAGACUUCAUCCCAGGAAUCAGAGUGGAUGGGAUGGACGUCCUGUGUGUCAGAGAGGCCACCAAGUUUGCUGCAGAUCACUGCAGGGCUGGAAAGGGUCCCAUCGUAAUGGAGCUGCAGACCUACCGUUACCAUGGACACAGCAUGAGUGACCCAGGUGUCAGCUACCGCACUCGUGAUGAGAUCCAGGAAGUGCGCAGUAAGAGUGACCCCAUCACUAUGCUGAAAGAUCGCAUGCUAGGCAACAACAUGGCGUCUGUGGAGGAGUUCAAGGAAAUCGACAUUGCAAUCCGUAAGGAGGUGGAGGACGCAGCUCAGUAUGCAACGUCGGAUCCUGAGCCGCCGCUGGAGGAGCUGUGCAACCACCUCUUCAGCAACGACGCGCCGCUGGAGGUCCGCGGGACAAACCCCUGGGUCAAACUCAAGUCUGUCAGCUAGACUCCCACACACUCCACACACACACACGUCGACCUCCCACCCUUCAACUGCACCGACACCCUCUGAGCUUUACCAUGACAUCAUUCCGCACCUUAAUGGGACUCUGACCUGAAACCUGUCAGUGUUAUUUAUUUAUAGAUUUAUAUAUAGAAAUAUUUAUUGUUUGUAUGUUUUGUUCUAAUACGUCUGUUGGAGUUGAACCAUCAUCAGCCGCGGUGUGCUGCUGCCAGAGACGUUUGAUUUGUGGUGGAUGAGAAGAGUCUUCAGCUGUGUGUACUUCACAGGUUUUAAAUAAUUCAGGGCUGCAUAUAAUACGCACAAAACUUCCCUCUUUCCCCCACCACUUGUUUUAAAUUCCUCAACUUUUUAGAAGCAUUUCUAGCCGUUUUCCAACUUUUAGAUGUGCAGAUCGCUAUAACCCGUGUUUAAUUAAUAAGCCUCACUGUGUGGAAGUGACUUUGAAGAAAACGAUCAUGAAUAUUUUUAAUGCCAGUUUUUCUUAAAGCAAUCAAUCACUAGUUGAGUCUUUUGACUUUUCAGAACUCUUUUGUUUUAGUUUAAACUGUUUUUAAGAGACUGCAGGAAAGGAUUCAGUAUGUUUUGUGUCAGCAAGCUGGAAAUAUACAACAGGGUAAGAAACAUUUACUCAAGUACUGUACUUAAAGGUACAGCGUGUAGGAUUUGGUGGCAUCUAGUGGUGUGGUUGCAGAUUGCAACCAGCUGAGUACCCCUUCAGAAGCCAUCUUUACCCGAGUAAUCCUUUCUUAUUUUUACUUUAUACUUCACUACAUUUCAAAGGGAAAUAUUGCACUUUUUAACUGUUACAUUUAUUGGAUAAAUUGAGUUACUUUACAGAUCCAUAUUAAUAAGUAAGGGAUAAUGUACAGGGUAUGGAGGACCACAAGAGUCACGUAAAUAGUAAUAGAGCAUUUACAAAUUAAUUUAUUAAUUGUACAAUAAAAAUAUGUAUUAACAUCGGAA